AUGAUGUGCGCUGACGCCCUCUUCGCUCUCCUAUCCAUUGUUCUGCAGAGUGAUUCCGCACCCCGUCUGAUUGAUGGCAUGAUCCUAACUAAAUUCGACACUAUCGACGACAAGGUUGGCGCCGCAGUGUCCAUGACAUACACAACAGGCAAGCCGGUGAUAUUUGUGGGAACAGGCCAAACAUAUAGGGAUCUUAAAAAGCUCGAUAUACCUACCAUAGUCUCCACGCUGCUUCAAUAAAAUAAUAUAUACACAG